GGAAUGUUUCGCAUCAUUCUAAAAAAGAAGCUUUCAUUCUGUGGUACACAAAUUUGUUUUCAAGAUUAAGCAUCUUAUUAAAAUACAAAAAUAGAGUAAACAUUUCUCAAAAACAGUUUUAAACAUAAAUAAGACAGCUUAAGUGGUAAAAAAUCUAACAAAUACUAUUUUUCUUGCAAAAAAAAUUGCGCCAACAAAAAUUUCAAACAUGGGAGACCGAAGCGAAGUUGCAACUGAACCUUUCGACAAUGAUGCUGUUGAAGAGAGAGUUAUUAAUGAAGAGUAUAAGAUUUGGAAAAAGAAUACGCCUUUUCUUUAUGACUUGGUAAUGACUCAUGCCCUAGAAUGGCCUUCUUUAACUGCUCAGUGGUUGCCAGAUGUUACCAGACCUGAGGGUAAGGAUUAUACAGUUCAUCGUUUGAUUCUCGGAACACACACUUCCGAUGAACAAAAUCAUCUCCUUAUCGCUAGUGUUCAGCUUCCCAAUGAAGAUUUUCAAUUCGAUGCAAGCCACUAUGAUAAUGAAAAAGGAGAGUUUGGAGGCUUUGGAUCAGUGUCCGGGAAGAUUGAGAUCGAAAUUAAGAUCAAUCAUGAAGGAGAAGUAAAUCGUGCUCGGUUUAUGCCACAAAAUCCUUGUGUCAUUGCCACAAAGACUCCAUCAUCGGAUGUUCUUGUCUUUGAUUACACAAAACAUCCCAGCAAGCCCGAACCGUCUGGUGAAUGUCAUCCAGAUCUCAGACUUCGUGGUCACCAAAAGGAAGGCUAUGGGCUAUCAUGGAAUCCAAACUUAAACGGAUAUUUACUAUCAGCAAGUGAUGAUCAUACCAUUUGCUUGUGGGACAUUAAUGCGACUCCUAAAGAGUAUCGCAUUAUUGAUGCCAAGAAUAUUUUCACUGGACAUACAGCUGUCGUUGAAGACGUUGCAUGGCAUUUGUUGCAUGAAUCUCUUUUCGGUUCUGUAGCCGACGAUCAAAAAUUGAUGAUUUGGGAUACAAGAGUCAAUAACACUACAAAACCAUCGCAUACCGUUGAUGCACAUACAGCAGAGGUCAAUUGCUUGAGUUUCACCCCUUAUUCAGAGUUCAUUCUGGCUACAGGAUCUGCCGAUAAAACUGUUGCUUUAUGGGAUUUACGAAAUUUAAAACUCAAGUUGCAUUCCUUCGAAUCACAUAAAGAUGAAAUUUUCCAAGUUCAAUGGUCACCACAUAACGAAACAAUUCUCGCCAGCAGUGGCACCGAUCGUCGUUUACAUGUUUGGGAUUUGUCAAAGAUUGGUGAAGAACAAACAGCAGAAGAUGCUGAAGAUGGACCUCCAGAACUACUUUUCAUUCAUGGUGGACAUACAGCCAAGAUUUCGGACUUCUCUUGGAAUCCAAAUGAGCCCUGGGUUAUCUGUUCUGUCUCUGAAGAUAACAUUAUGCAGGUCUGGCAGAUGGCCGAAAAUAUCUACAACGAUGAAGAACCUGAAUCAGCAGCUAAUGAAAUUGAACCAUCGAAUGCUUGAAAUGCGAAAAUUCCACUUUUUUCAUCCGUAUAAGACUCUUUUUUUUUGUAUUUUAUUUUAUUUUUUGGAUAUUCUUCUCACUGAUUUAUUGCUCCAGCUUUUCUACUUAUAAAAUUAUCAGAAGAAAGCAGAAAUAAAUUCUUUUUAACUUAAUAUUUUUAUUUUCCUAGUUAUUUUGAAAACUACAAACUAAAAUUCAACCAAUUUACAAUCUUUUCAGCAUAAUCUACAAUUCAAC